CGACAAAUCUAGUCACGUGACUCCAUUUUAAAUUUUCCUCAUGCAAACCACGAUCCUGUGCUGCUGAUCUCCUAACCUCAUUUUUACCCCGUGGCAGUGAUACUGGUGAGGUGAUACAACUGUGUUUGAUUCCAUUAUUAGCAGGAAUUCAUUUACAACCCGUGGCAGCAUCACACUUCUCACCGCUCGCUCUCGAGUCCAGUCUCGAUCUUUUCCCAGCGACAAAGCUCAACAUCGUUAGCUUCGUUGAUACAUAUCACGUGACCAUUUCGAGUCGUGGGAAAUUUAAAAUGGGGUCACCACCAGAUUUGUCGCUGCAAACGAGCGUCGAGCGGCUGCAUGAGGCCGCACCUUAACUGCAACUGUGACAGGACUGCUUUUUCAAUCAAAGACUUUAAAAUCGUUCAUUUCCAUGACAUCGUUUUACAAACUUCAAAGUAUACACAAUAUUGUUUAUGCAUAAGUACGUGUUACAAGUAAAUACAAAAAAAAACUUACAGUUUAUACAAUGUUUUUAGUGUUAUGUAGUAAGUAAUGUCUAGAAUUAGAGGAAUAGAAGUUAAAGUUCAAAAGGAAGUGUUACAAACACGCAAAUAUGGCCUUAAUGAAAUUCUCAAAAAGAAAAAUGAGGACCAGUCUACUAAUUCUAAAGAUGAUGUAGAAAAGCAUCAAAUAAAAGAGUUGCUACACAAAUUACCGAGGUUAGACAAAAUAUUUGAAGUCCACCGAAAAAUUGGAGAAGGCACAUUCAGUUCAGUAUAUCUGGGAUCAUUGAGACAACACGCCAACUUGCCCGAAAGCGAGAAAAGAUGGUUUGCGAUAAAGCAUUUGGUUCCAACGGCACACCCAGCUAGAAUAGAACAUGAACUGCGUUGCUUACAGGAUAUUGGGGGAAAGGACCAUGUGAUAGGAGUAGAGCUGUGCCUUCGUAAUUUAGACACAAUAGUUUUUAUAAUGCCUUACAUACCUCAUAGAAAAUUUUCUGAGUAUGUUGGAGAAAUGGAUGCGAGUGAGUUGAGGCAAUACAUGCGUGCGCUGAUGGUCGCACUGCGGCACGUACACUCGUUCGGCGUCAUCCACCGCGAUGUCAAGCCCAGCAACUUCCUGUAUGAUCGUGACACCAGAAGGUACCUGCUUGUAGACUUCGGCCUGGCCCAGCGUCUAUGUCCUGCUCCUGAAGAACCUCCCGCGGCGUCGGACCCUCCCCCGGCACACACGAAUGGCGUCCGUAAACGUACACGGGAAGAGAUUGAAGCCUCGUCAGUCGCGAAGCGGGUGGCGCUAGACCUGAGCACGGGCGCGCCCGUGGCGGCCCCGGCGGGGGCGGGGGCGGGGCGCGCCCCCCGCGCCGGCACGCAGGGCUUCCGGCCGCCGGAGGUGCUGCUGAAGUACCCGCACCAGACCACGGCCGUGGACGUGUGGGCGGCGGGCGUGGUGCUGGCCAGCGCGCUGACGGCGCGCUACCCGUUCUUCCGCGCGGGCGACGACGUGGCGGCGCUGGCCGAGCUGGCCGACCUGCUGGGCACGGAGCCGCUGCAGCGAGCCGCCGAGAGCCUGGGGCGGCGCGUGGUGACGUCCAGCGCGCGGCGCGGCCUGUGCCUGCGCAAGCUGGCGGCGCGCCUGCGCGGCGAGGCCCCGCCCCCCGCCGCGGCCCCGCCCCCGCCCUCCGCCGCCGCCCCGCCCAUCUCCGCGGCCGUUGCUCCACCCGCCUGCGCGCGCUGUCGCCUUCCACGCGACCAGUGUCUUUGUCGGGACGAAUUUAAAAAGGCGGAGGAGUUCGAGUCGUGUCGUUGCGUGGCGGGCUUCCCGGACGCGGCCUUCGCGCUGGCGGCGCGCCUGCUGGACCCCAACCCGCGCUCGCGUAUCUCGGCCGCGGACGCUCUCGCGCACCCCUUCCUCGCCGACCACGACUGACGCAAGUCUUUACUUCAUAACAUUGGAUAUAUUUCAAUAACUCAACAAAAAUAUUUUGCUGAUGUCUUUACCAAUGUUCCAAAAAUGCUGUUAAAUAACAAACACAAUUUCAUGACUCAUGAAUUUGUUUUGUUAUGUUAAGGGGCUAUAAUGCUAUAUUAACAAACCAUUCGAACGACUCGCGACAUCUACUAAACUACCAUUGAACCCUUGGUAAUCUGUUCAUUCUGCUCAUGUAUCAGUGUCGCCAGGCCUUCGCGCGGAAGGCUUACAGUGGCCCUGUCUAUCAAUUUGUGACUAAUGCACCUCUUGCAAUACCAAAUUCUGACAGGUAUAAAUGUUGUAUCAUGUAAAACGCCAUCAUUAAGUACAUAUUAUUAUUGGCUCUAAUGCAAAACAUCCAGUAUACCGUGGGGUCGAUCUGCCGGAGACGUGACGUAUUAACUCGUAACAUACAAUAAAGUAUUCACCUUUAAGUUUGUUAUCAUUGUGUGGAGGCCUAGCGGCGGCUGGUCGCCCGCGGGUGUCGGUGGAGUGCCUUACGCUGAUGUGUUAUUGGGAGUUGCGCGGCCGUGCCGAUUACUUUCAUUGUUGAUUAGUUAUAAUGGGGAUCUCAGAGUUUAACUUUAAGUUACAAAUAGUACAAAGUAGAGUAAUAAUGGCGCAUGAGCCGCACGUUGUAACUUGCUAUUUAUUAAAUGUUAAAAAAAGUGCCUUUGUACUUGUGUUCAGGAGAAUGUUGUUAUGUUACCUCAUUGUUAACAACUUUCUUUAAUAAAGAUUAAGAUAUAUA